AUGGAGGAGUGCGGCUCUCAGAAGCUGUCCUGGGACGGCGAGGCCAAAGCCGUGCAGCAGUGUCUGACGGACAUCUUCACCAGCGUCUACACCACCUGCGACGUUCCCGAGAGCGCCAUCUUUGGGCCCUGUGUCCUGUCGCACACCUCGCUCUACGACAGCAUCGCCUUCAUCGCACUCAAGGCCACCGACAAGAGGACCGCGCCGUACAUAUUCAGAGUGGACACGUCGGCCGCCAGCAGCACCGCCGAGGGCCUGAUGUGGCUGCGUCUGGUGCAGUCGUCGCGGGACAAGGAGGAGCAGAACCUGGAGGCCUACGUGAAGAACGGACAGCUCUUUUACCGGAGUCUGCGGCGCAUCGAGAAGGACGAGGAGCUGCUGGUGUGGUACGGCAAAGAGCUGACCGAGCUGCUGCUGCUGAGCGCCUCCAGAGCGCCCCCCAAAGGCAAAGGCUCCAGUCACUACGUUUGCCCGGACUGCAACCAACGAUUCCAGUUCGAGUUCCCAUACCUGGCCCACCUCCGCUUCCGCUGCACCAAAAGACUGCAAAACCUGAGCGCGGCGGAGGAGGACGGGCCCAAAGAGGGGAGUCCGGAACGUCUACCCAGCAAUUCAACCGCCAACUCAACUACCAACCACCCGUCACGCUCCAGCCCCAACCCCAACCCCAAACUGGGCCGCUCCGAAAGCCACCCAGACAGCUCCAAGCCAUCCACGGACUUCCAUAACUUAGCACGGGACUUAGAGAACAACCGCACCAGCCCGCCCAGCGACAAAGAAGCCGAAAUCUGCAGCGAAAGUUCCGGAAAAAGAAAGUUUUCCGAAAUCGAUGAGAGCAGAGAGCGGGUGGCCGUAGGGGCUGGUUUGUCCAAAUCCAAAGAGGAGCUUGCCACGUCUGCGCAGAAUUACCGGGGCGCGUAUAGCCUGGAGGACAGAGAUUUCACGCCGCCCCCGCCAGGAGAGGCACCGGCCAAACGGAGCGCUUUUACGGAAGUGAAAAAGUCCCCGCAGAGUCUCAAGCACCACAGCAAGAACUCAGAAAACAAGGAAGGGGCGCGGCCCACGGGAAGCUCGCCAACGGAGAAGCAUCUCACCAUACGGCAGGUGCUCUCGGAGACCCAGCCGCCGCAGACCCCUCCCAUGGGCAGCGCCUUCACGUCGGUGGGUCAGCAGGGUGGCGGGGAGCGGAAGAGUGCGUUCAGCCAGCCCUCGCGCUCCUCCUUCUCACAGAUGUCGUCUCUGGUGAUGGCGCCCAAGCUGCUGGACUGUCACCCGGCCGUGGGCGACACCAUCUCCUCCAGCCGACUGUACCAGGCCGACCACUUAGCCGCCAAACUGCAGGGGGCCGAGCUGGGAGCCAACUGCCCUGUGCCUGGAGGUUUACCGGGAGGAGGAGGUGGAGGCUCCAUGUCCAAGCAGAACCCUUUUGUCUACGCUACCACCUUCUGGCCCAAGAACACGGGUCCCAUCCAGCUGCAGAUGCCGUCGGCGCUGACGCUGUUGCCGCCCUCCUUCACCUCGCUGUGUUUGCCCGCUCAGAACUGGUGCGCCAAGUGCAACGCCUCCUUCCGCAUGACCUCGGACCUGGUUUACCACAUGCGCUCGCACCACAAGAAGGAGUACGCCAUGGAGCCGCUGGUCAAGAGGCGCCGGGAGGAGAAGCUCAAGUGUCCCAUCUGCAACGAGUCGUUCCGGGAGAGGCAUCACCUGUCGCGUCACAUGACCUCGCACAACUGA